CAGGUGUGGAGGCACUGUUCAACCAAACCAUGGGACGCAACGACCUUCCUGCUCCUGUGAGCGAUGCCGAGUGGGCGCUUCGCGUCGACUUGGCCGCCGCCUACCGCCUCUUCCAUAAAUUUGGCUGGGAUGAAGUUAUCUACGGCCACUUGACCUGCCGUGUCCCCAGUGGCGCCGACGACGAGGACGUCGAAAACGCCCACUUCCUCAUCAACCCCCUUGGCAUCCGCUACGACGAAAUGACCGCCAGCAAACUCGUCACAAUCGACAUCAAGGGCAACUAUAUUAACCGAGGGUCUACUGGCCUCGACAUCAACCAAGCAGGGUAUGUGAUCCACUCGUGCGUCCACGAAGCCCGCCACGACAUGCACUGCGUCAUGCAUUGCCAUACUGUCGAAGGAUCCGCCGUUUCGUCGAUGAAGUUCGGACUGCUGCCCAUCUCGCAACUCAGCCAUGUCGCGAUGAGUGGCGGCGUGAGCUACCACGAUUACGAAGGGCUUGCCGUGUCAGAGGACGAGAAGCCCCGGCUGAAGGCCGAUUUGGGCCCGGAAAACAAGGUGUUUAUCCUGCGCAACCACGGCCUCUUGACCGGCGGUCGAACGAUCGCGGAAGCGUUCUUCUUCAUGUACUACACUGUGCAUGCGUGCAAGAUCCAAGUCGCGGCGCUGUCGGCCGGCAUUGACAACGUGAGCUACGCAUCCGAGGAAGUCGCGCGGAAUUUUAAACUCGGCUUGGCCCCGUUCGUCAAGGCCGGCGUCGGCACCGACAUGUUUGAAGCGCUCAAACGCGGCCUGGCGCCAGAGUAUGCAACGUAAUAUCGAACCCAUAAUCUUCUCUCUUCCCCA